AUAUGCAAAUGGUUUAAUAUUGACUUUUGUACUCUGCUUGCUGUCUUACCUACACAGGUAUUCCGAAAACUGUCAUUGUGUACCGUACAUGCACCUACAUAUGUUGACCAGAUUUUUUAUUACAGUGGACGAAGUGAACGAAAUACUGUCGCUAGAAAAUGAGCUAGGGAUGCCACACAACACUGCAACCUCUGCAGCCGCCAACAAACCGCCCUUGGUUAAGCAACUGCUACAAGCAACAAAAGAGAUUGUUACCAAGUGCUCGACACGUUGGGAAAUUUGUAAAGAUAUAUUGGAUCUUUACAUCACUGCAGGCGGCAAAGAAGUCGAAAAGACGCUGGCAGAUCUGGUCCAGUCUCACCCCCUUUCUGCCGACCAAAAGCAGGAACUGGUUCAGAAGAUGUCUUUUAUUGCCAAACCUACAAACCACAUCCUGACCACAGUCAAGACACUCUGGAACACGCUGUCCUCUCAAGGUGAUCCAUCCCAAAGUCACGCCAUACUUACCCUCGGCUCCCUCGCCUCCAAGGAAACUACCAGCACUGGUUUCCGAUCAGAAUUGGUGGAUCUUCUUCGACGCCAUCUCCAAUCAGGCGACAAAAAUAACAACACGGAGCAAAUCAGUGACGCUCUCGAGGCUAUAGGUAACUUUGGUGACAACAGACUAACACCGGAUGUAUUGACAAUUGCUAAAAAGAGGGGACAACUGGAAGAGAUAGAAAUAGGCUGUAUCCACGCUCUGAGAAGAAACUUCCACGUUGAGUCAGUUCAGAAAUGGCUAGUUGAUUUGCUGACCCGUCCAACAUCUAGCUGUGAAUUAAUUGAAGGUGCCGUGGUGACCAUUAAAGAUGAACUUGCCUACAGAAAGGUACUGGAUACCAAAAAUAAGGCAUGGCCCAAUGCAGGUCACACAGACGUGGAUAGAAUUCUUCUCGAUGUACUUCUCAUGGCAGAUAUAAGAUACGAGUGCGCAUUUUCAGAUAUAAAGCAGUAUUUCCGACUUAAAGGUGUACCGAUUAGUAAACACAUUGAAAUUUACGAGACGGUGAAUUCCACGCGCACCAAGAGAAGAGUUGACCAUGUAAGCUGCAGUUCUUGGGGCACCUACGGUUCACGGUAUUCGGAAUUGUUAAGUUCAAGUCAGUUCUCAAAUGAUAACUCCCUGUUCCCAGACAACAAGCACUGCCUUUCCCACAUCAGUUACGGCCCUUCGAAAGUUAACGUCUAUGUCAAGUCCGGCGUCUUUGCUGGUAAAGAUGAAAGACGAGGACACUGUAAAGUGUACGGCAAGGCAGUAGCUAAACUCAAAGUCUUUUCCAAAAGCUUCACACUCGCAACCGCAGAAGUGUAUCGUGUCAAGACUAGCAGCAGUAGGACUAAGGUUUAUCUUCAUGUCUACGGGAAGACUGUGGUGAACAUAUACCAGCCCAGCCCGCUGUACAGAAACUACCCCAUUUACAGACCAUUCCCAAAAACCAUCACCUUGUUCCACAUUUAUGUCUAUGUCGCCAGGAUCUCUGUCGCCAUUACCUUGGCUCCAAGUGUGGACUUCAAUGCGCUAGUUCGUGGUGGGAUUGACGUAGGCGUCACUCUCAAUUACCUAGUUGAAGGAGAAGGGAAGCUCUACCCUGGGGUUUGCUUCUCGUUCUACCACGGACACGACCCUAUGAGCAUUGACAUCCAAGCUUGGUAUCAAAUACGAUCUAAGUUUAAAAUAAAAGGCUGGAGGUUCUGGGUGAGUCAAGUGGGUAUGGACCUGGGGAAGCAGGAAGACGUGGAGUCCGUCUUCGCUGUCUUGGAGCCUGGAAAGAUCCAGUAG